AUGUCACCAAGCACCAUGCGGAUACUUUCAGUGCCGCGAGCAUGUCGUUUUUUGCACGUGUCUGGUCCUGCUUUCGGUCUGAAGGCGGAAAAAGUGCCGAUUUCUGAAGUCCUAAGGUCGUCAGCCAAAGUCACGGUCGGCCGGCAUGAGUACAAACAGUGGGAAGACGACAUUGGCACUCGAGGCCCAAGGAAGUAUCGGACAGAGCUUGAGGCUAAUGUUCUUCCGCGGGCUGAAAGAAUCCUUCUGGAGAAGAGAUCGGGCAACGACAUGAAACCAAAGCGAAUUCGUCUGAAGACCAACACGAUAAGGAACGGGGAGGACACGAUAGAUACCAAAGUGAAGGAAAAGCCAACGACGGCAAUUCCAAAGAAAACGCUGGCGGAGACAAAGAAGAGCAAGAAAGCCUACAAGCUUAGGCCAGAGCAUGCGGGCGAACACGCAUCGGCAGGGAAAGGAAAGGGCGAGCACAAGCGGGCGCGCAACCGGCGGCGCGAGAAGUCUGGCGAGAAAACGGGGCGCUCGCGGGUCAUUGUGCGCGGCCGAGGCGGGCUUGCGCCGCUUUUGCAGGCGCGCGCGCCCGAAACAAGGCACAUUCCGCGCCUCUCGCACGGCCUCGACCGGGUGCUUUUCUCGCCCGGAGUCCACUUUCUACAAGACCCCCGCACACGAGUGUACAACUUCACGCCCUACCUCAAGAAGAUUGUGCCCCUAGAUGACUUUGAUAUGGAUAAAGUCACGGGGUUUGUGGCCGCCAACAAAGAUAAGGUUUUGUUGGAGCAUGCGAUCGAGAACGGGAAGAAAUACUAUUCGAGCACACUGUCGAUGACGCUGGCGCUCCACCAGAUGUAUUUGUUUUUCAACAACUACUCGCCGGGCGCCACGCACCGCUUCAACUUCACGCCCUUUUCGCGCACAGCAACCACGUUGCCGCUGUCUGUGAUCGUGGAGCCAAAGGGCGAGCACAAGGGCGAGAAAAUAUACUCUGUCACUGCGGACAAGUCGGCAGACACAGAAAUCAUGUUGAGCGCCAUGGGCCACUGCCUCGAGGCGCUUUUGACCAACGACGAGACGGCGUUCCAGGCAUACUUGAAAACUUCAGAGGCGAAGGAUAGGGAGGACGAGAUCCAAGACAACGUCCAAGACAACAUCCAAGACAAGAGCGUCCAAGACAACAUCCAAGACAAGAGCGUCCAAGACAACGUCCAAGAUAAAGCGACUUCAAGCGCCAACGUCUACAACUAUCUGGUGUGCGGGCCGUUUCUCAUGCGGUCGCAGCUCGACUGCUUCGACCCGCGGCUUCCUGGGUCGGGCACCUUCGACGUGAAAACGCGGGCCGCGUGCGCCGUGCGGUACGACCGCGCCGACCCGGACCGCGGCACGUACCAGAUCUGGAAACAGCACGGCCGCUUCGAGUCGUUCGAGCGCGAGUACGCCGACUUGAUUCGCACGGGCGCCCUUCUCAAGUACGCUUUCCAGGCGCGUAUCGGCCAGAUGGACGGCGUGUUUGUCGCCUACCACAACGUGGCGUCGUUUUUCGGCUUCCAGUAUCUUCCUGUGGGCGAGCUCGACCGGGUGUUUUACUCGGACUCGCACGCCGAGCGCAGGGCCGAGAGCACCGCCAACGGCUUCCCCGACGACAAUCUUCCGACACACGUGGCCGAGGCCCAGUUCAAGGCGCUGCUUGCCCUCUGGGCCGAUCUCAUGGACUGUGUGCGCAGCGACCUUGCGCGGACGCCCUAUGCGGAUAUGCCGUUCCGCCUUGUGCUCAAGAGGAAAGCGGCGCCCGACGCGCGCCGCCUGUACCUUUAUGCGUGGGCGGUGCCAAUGCCGCCGCACGAGAUUGCUGUGCUCCAGGAGAGCCCGCAGCUUUUCGCCACGCUGUUCCGCGCCCAAGUGACGCCCGAGCAGCGCGCAGAAAACAUCGAGGCGGCGCGCCGCCAUCUAGAUGCGCUCAAUGCAAAGCACGCCGCGCAGUUCCCGGUGCUUGCGUAUCGCGCGCUGGCCCGCGCGCUUUUCGACGGCUCGCCCUGCGACUCGCGCCAUCCGUAUCCGCUGCUGUCGAGCACACGGCUCGAGUAUGCGUACGAGAUCGAGCGGCUCCAUGAAAGUGUGGAGAGCACGGCGAAAAUGAAAAAGACUGAAAACUCGAAGGAGCGCAAGACACAUCCAGAAAACUCGAAGGAACGCAAGACACAUUCAGAAAACACUGGAGAUUCGAAAACGACUGGGGCAUCCUUUGAAUCUCUGUCGUCGGAGCGUCCGCUUGGGCCCUUGGCACGCCAGUUUCUUACGCAGAUGCGCGCGGUUUCGCGCAUGCUCACGGCCUUCGACCCAAAUACGCCCAUCGUCGACCAAAUGCGCGACUACGCGCGGGUCGGCGCCCGCCGCGCGGAAAAAUGGAAGCACUUGGAAGAUCCGGCAGUUGUGUAUUCUCCUUUGGAAGAGGAGCACAAGUGA